UGUUUUAACAUUUUAAACGCAGAAAGUGUUUUUGAUGAAUUCUAUUGUCAGAUGUUUGCUCAAUAUGUGAAUUAUAUAAACACUAGUUAGUUAAAAAAUGUACAUUAAAUUAGCUAUAACAAGGACAUUUAUAUAUUACUUACGUGUUCAAUAUGGCGGCUUUUACAGAUAAGAGAAGUAAACCGUGAUUUAAACCCAUAGUUGUAAAGCUGCUAACAUACAUAUUGAAUAUUGCAUAUCAAAUUUAUAACAAUCGUAAUCUUUUUAUUGCUUUCAUUUAUAAAGCAAUGAAUAAAUGUGUAUGCUAUGACGAACCUGUCUUCUUAAGUGGAAGAUAUGCGAUGUUAUCGGAGCUUGUUUGAGAUCACAAUUCGGGUGAUUAUAUUCAGCUGAUCUUCUUGAGGAUUUGGAGUAUUGAUGACGUACAUUGAAUAUAAAGAGGGUGGCAUGAUAUUACAACUGUUUCAAGCAGUUGUUCUCCUCCAUUGUUUCCAAAAUGCUUGACGGACGCCAUUAAGGGCUAUAGAUCUCAGCAAUGGCAAGCUCUGGUCCAGACAGAGAAAGCAUCUUCGGAAAGAGGAACAACAUUGAUGCAAAUAAUUUCCAUCGUUUAGUUGGUCUACAAUAUGAAUGUGGAACUACCGUCCUUAGAAAGUAUUUGACAUUUUAUAUCUCCAAGAUAAGGAAAACCAAUGUAAAUGACUUUUUGAAAGGUCUAUCAUUGAAGUUGCAAACAGAAAUUAAGGACUUAACUCUAGAUGCAUUCGACAUCACAUUACUCACCAAAAUUAUCCUUGACGAAUGCAAGCCAACUGGGGAUAUCAAAAAAGCAGUCAGGGCGCUGAGAGAAUGUCGGAAUGAAAUUGCUCAUAACCCAAAAGGAGAAAUAAAUGGAAAAUCACAGUUCAACAAAGCUAGUCAAAACAUACUAACAAUUGCGAUCUCACUUGGUGAUGACGUUAAACGUCAAUUUGCGGAGAGAAUGAAUGAAUUACACCAAAGUGAACUCGUGCGCUCUUACAGUAUCGUCGAUAUCAUCAAAUACAACGAAGAAUUGCUCGAAAUGAGACUUGUAUAUUCUGCGCCAGACGGGGAGCAAGCAACGUCUUUGGAGCCUGAAGUCAUAAAACUCAUGCUUUGUAAGUGGUCGCGGCAACUUGCACGUAUUUCCGAUGUGUCGAGUUUCUUGGAAAGACUAAAACAAAACGGAGUUAUCAAUGAAAUGGAGAAAAGACACGUCGAACAAGCAUACUCGUCUGGGGGCCAGAUUGAGAAGCUGAUUUUAUACAUUGUACAACAUGCUACAAAAGAAACGACAUUCAAGUUCUGUGCUGUGCUACGAGAAAGACAUCCGCAUCUAGCAGACCUUAUCGAGAUGAAAGAACAUGAUGGACUAGAAAUAGAUGAAUAUCUUGCCUCCCAGCAACGCAGAUCAAUUAUGAAUGCUCUCCAAGAUCUUACCUAUGAUGAAGAAGGUAGUAAAGUUGAGUGUGAAAUGGUCCACAUAAAAGUAGAAGAAUGGAUACAAACGCCAGUGACCUUCCGAAUGCUAGUGGCAUGUCUCAAAGAAUUAUUUCCCGGUUUGAGAUACGAGGAAGGGGACGCAAGAUUUUUCGGACUACAAUGGAAACAGAGAGCUGUAAAAACUGACUUGCAUGGCGGAAGUAUAUGUGCGACAACCAAAACCGACAUACUUUCUCCACUACCGUCAAUGGAUAUUGAAGAAUUUUCAAUUAGGGUGGGAAAAGAAGUAGGAAAAAUUAGACAAGACCUUGAAUUGCCAUUUCAGGAAGCUUUUCGUAAAGAAGAUAUUUCCCCAAGUAUAUUUGUCAGCAUGGAAAAGGAUGAAUUAAACAAAUACAUUGGACGACAUUUAAAAGAUCCAAUUACCCUCGGUGUCGAAAAAACAUUACUCAUAUUUCAAAACAAAGUUAAAGAUUCUCUCAAUAACACACAAACGAUUUCUGAUAACACAUAUACACCUGUCCGACUCAGAGAAUUUGAUCAUUCGCCUAAAGACGAUCUCAAGUAUCCUAUUGGUCCAGUGAAAACUGUUAGUUGUGGUCUGCUUGAACCCGUGCAUAAGUUUGUUCACCUGACAUCACUGACAAAAUAUCACAUUGCAAAGGAAACCGUGCAAUUCAUUCAAUCAUGCAUGAAUGGUUUUAAAAACGGAACCAUUCACUUUGGAAUACAAACAGAAAGUCAAGAGUCUGGUCAAAUCGUUGGUCUAUCGACAAAAGCGCUUGCAUGUGACGAAAUAGAUGCCGAAAUACAUCAAGCUAUUCUCGAUUGCUUCAUUGAGAAUCAAGCCCACGAGGCCAUGUUCAGUUCUCGACCAGUUCAGAGCAUUCCUGUUGAAGGAACGGAUAAAGUAGUGUACGAAAUCGACGUCGUUCCAUCAGCAAACCUUUGCACCGACGAAAUGAUAACUGUUUCUUUUCCACCGAAGGGCCCCCAACAUCAAGUGUGUUUCAUGUAUGAUGCACAAAAUGUAUCUUUUACUAUAGAAAAAGAAAAACUUAGAGAACUUUCAACACUUAAAAAGGGGCUUAGGAAAACGAGACUUUGUUUAGAAACAGCACGCUGGAAUGACAAUUGUGGCAAAUACAGUCUACAGCGUUCAUUGGCUGAAAAACUGAAAGGGCGGGGAAUGAAAUACGUAACAGACGAGUUAGACCCCUUUCUUGUUCUAGGGCCAAUCACUGGAUACUCAAAAGAAGAUGAGAUAAGAUCAACAGUUCGUAUGGAACAUGUUUUUGCCUCAUGCAAGUUCAUUUUAGACUUUGACGAUUCACCGAAAUUACGUAAGUUGUCAGAAAAAGACUCGAUAAUGUAUCGUGUUUUAACCACAGAAGACAUUAAAAAUGAAAAAUCUAUUUCAUUACGUGAUAAACCAUGGAUAUAUUGCAAUGGACUCAAAGACUGCGCCUUGGCAAAAAUGAACAUUGUGAAAUGGACAAAAUUGCGCUUACAGCCUGUUCGGACACUUAUGAAUAUUGUAAGAAAUGAUAUUCAAAUAGGAAGAGCAUUAGCUGUGGUUUUAGUUUUCCACCCUCUAAAUGAAGCGGAUCCGCUUUUCGAAGUUAGAGAUUGGAUUAAAUCCACCUUUAGAAACGAAUGUUUGGUGAUAACAGAUGACGAGAAGAACAUACAAGAACUAAAGGAUAGUCUUCGCACAGUGAUGAAGAAAGAUGAGCUGGACAAAUGUUUUCAUACAGGGCUAAAAUGGUCAGAAAUUUCCAGUGUCAUGUCGGCCGUAUUCAAAUUAAAUGCUGAUGUCGCAUGCAAGCUACCAUGUGGAAAUGGUUUCUUUGUGACAAUGACAAGCAAGGACAAGCAGAGCUUUACUGACAUUGAAGUUAUCGGGGGAGACGAGCGAGCAAGACUGGGAAAACUCAAAACCGUGGACGAACAAAAAGAAAAAUGUCGCUCUGUCGCUACAGACUUCUACAAGGGAAGGAAAGUAUCUUGGUGGAAUUUCAAAUUUGAAAACCAGGUUGGCAAAAGAAAUGAUUUUGAUGAGCACAGAUGUCAGAUAAAAGAAAAGUUAAAAUCAAAAACAGGAAUGGCGUUAGUUGAGGAGUACGAAAUAAUGCACCACCCAGGGGCAGGAGGGACGACUCUUGGACGUCACUUAUUGUGGCAUUUUAGCCAGUUUCAAGGAGAGCCACAAAAGGCCUAUCGGUGCUGCUUGGUGACCUGCGUAUCAGAAAACACCGUUGAACAAAUCGUUCGUUUCCGGGAAUUUAGAGAUAAGAAUCACAGAAAGCCAUUUAUAGUACUUGUUGACAAUCAAGCGGAGGAAUCCAUUUUGCAGCUUCGAAGAGACUUGAACGAGGCUGCUUAUAAAAACGGUCAAUCGGGGAAACUGUUUUGCCUUGUCAUAUAUCUCACCCGUGUACCAGUAUCUGGCGAUAAGCAGUACACAAAAGAUAAACGUCUUUUGACACAUUCAUUGACAGGAGGAGAAAAACAUUGGUUCGACAAAAAAUUCCAAGAACUAGAGGAAAGAGAUGACAUUGAUGUGAAUACAUUGAUUUUAUUUAAUGUAUUACGUCAUUCAUUUGACAAAGAAUAUAUUGCAAACAUAACAUCGAAACUAAUGGAAGAAAUCGAAUCAAAGGAAGGAGAGAUUCUCCAAAUUCUAUGUUUGAUCUGUUCUUAUGAGACCGACCAGCCAGUGCCUCAAACCAUCUUUGAUGAAAUGAUGCGGGCGACACUAUCACACAGAGAUUUAGAACUACUACCGUACGGCAUCAUGCAUAGUGUUAGACAACUAGAACAAUUGAAGCCACUAGACAGAGAAAACAUUUGGAACAUAAACAAAUCCGAUGCAUUGGCGCUGCUUACAUAUGACAUACCAGGAAAAGGAAUUGGUAUCAUCUCGCAGCCACUGGCAAAGGCAAUUCUUGAAUAUUUCAAGAAAAAGAAGAACAUAUCGUUGAUUGAAAUGGUAGAUAAUGCACUGGCAUUAGCCGAAAAACAUUCCGAACAGACGUAUCUAACAUCUGCUAAGUUUGUCAGAAUGAUUGGUAUGCUCUUCAAAACAAGACAAGUAGAGGAAAAUAAGAAGCAAACAAAACUGAAAUUUUCAGCCCUCGUUCUUGAUUUAGAAAAAGACGGUAAUAAAACAGUUUUGGAAAGAAUGAAACGCUGUUUUGAAAUAACAAAAGACGCAAUGGUUGGACAACAGCUGGCUAGGUUCUACAUUCACAUAGAAGAAUAUGAAUCAGCUAAAAAAGAAAUACAAAAUGCCUUGGAUAUUAAGCCAAACAACGCCUAUCUUGCAGAUACGUAUGGACAGAUAUAUAAAGAAGAAUUGAAAGUUACAAAAAAGAAGUAUCUUUCGAGAGGAGAAGAGGCAAACAAUAAGUUCGCCGGUCAUUUAGUCACACUUGGGUUAAAGGCUGUGGAAAAGUUCAGAGCUGGGCAGGACAUGGCGUUAAAAACUGAUGACGACAGGGGUAUGAGAUGUUAUCAAAAUGAAGUCAAAACAAGUUUGUUUUUGCUGGAGAUUUUCGAGAGGUUCAAAUGUUACGUGGAUAGAAGGGAAUUCUGUCGAUAUUUAAAUGACCGACAGUAUGAUGUCAAAGAUUCUCCUUUUAAGGAUCUUUAUACCAUUUGUCCAGAAAUAGAACUACUCCGAAAUGGAUCGGAUUGGCAAACUCACUUGGAUUCAUCCUUAAGAUACCUGGAAGAAACAAGUUAUCAGGUUAGAAAUUAUCUACACUGUGUGAGCAAAGACGACGAAGUUCUACUGUUAACUUCGAGAGAAAGUUUCGAAAGGUUUUAUGGUGAUUUGUUGAAGACAGAAGAAUUCAGAUUUAAAUAUGGGCUAGGAUUAAAACCGCUCAUGAAAGCUUUAAAUAAGGAACCAGAACGUUUUGCAGUUCGAGUUGCGGAAGCAAAAAGCAACAUCGAAGGCAAACGACUUUCACAUGUUGAUAAAAGAGAUCUUCUUGUCUUUCUUGGCGAUGCAAUAAUUCGGACGUCUGAUCGCACAACACGAUCCAAACAAGCAAAUCAACCUUGCAGCAACGAUGAAUACAGGCAAUUACUUAGGUGUAGUACAGGAUUAGUAGUCUUGGAAAGAAAAUUAAAGGGACGCAAAUAUCUCGAAUCUUACCUGUAUUACGCUAUGUUGCACUGGCCAUUACAAUCAAGAGUGAGUCUGGCAUUAGAAACAUUGGCAAGUGCUAAUUCCUACACAGAAAUUCUGAAGGAAUGGAACAGGGUUUACAAAGACAAUCACUUCAUAAUGACUCCGGAACUUAAUAGGGUGAAAAAACCGAAGAAUUAUUUUGCUGUAGGAAAUGGUACACCUGGCUGCGAUAUCGUCGACCUGGAGUCUAUACGGAAAGAAUGGAAGGGAAGGAAAAAGGCGUCUGGUCGGUAUCGUCGGCCAGUAUUCAGGGACCAUUUCUGGAAAGAAGACUUUGUUGAAGAUGAGUUACUGAGACUCACCGGUAUAGUAGAUGGCGAUGGUCUACACAUAGCGCAUGAAGUCAUUUAUCACAACAGGAAAAGACAUACGUUUGCUAUCAAAACCUACUAUCCUUGUGAAAAAUUCAGCAACAGACCAGUGACUUUUGUACUGGGUUUCACGUGGAGAGAACCUAGAGCAUUUGAUGUGCGCGCUAAGGACGACAGUUUGGACAUGGAUGAGUUGCGUACAUCUCAAGGUACGUCUUCAGACAGCGAUGAAACAGAGAUAAUUCAACAACAAGAUAGUGACACUGAACAAGUUAUAAAAAGCGAUGACUCUUCUGGGGAAGAACGUCGAAGUAUUAAAUCCCAACGCCUUAGUUCGGACACGGAUGAAGAUUUGAUAGCUGAACCACAAGCAUCUAUAACACCAGUUAGACCGAAACUUUAUAAUGCUGCCAAGAAAGGAAAACAGAUGACAAAGGGUGAACAACACAAAAGGUCCCUCACCGACGAUCUAAUAUUCCAAGGCUCUGGAAAAUCUAUGAAACCAGUUCGACCGACACUUCACGAUCACAAUGCUGGCAAGGCACAAACGAUGAUGUCGAAGGGUGGCAAAAAAACAAAGUCAGCAAUCCACAAUCCAAUCAACCAAACAAGUUCGAUUAAAGCAGAAUUCUUCGAGAACAAACUCGAUGGUGAACAUAAGAAACGCAAGUCAUUGAAUGAUAAAACGAUACAUGCCACGAUCAAGGGAGAUGCUUCUGGCUUGGAAACAUUGAAAAAGAAUUCAGAGUUGGAAAAUGAUUCCUAUGACGAGGACGUUCCUGAUUCCUGGGAAGAACUCACUGCAUUCAAUAUUGAAACAGAAGGUGAUGUGACACAGCCAUUGACUGACAAUGUAUCUGAAAAUGUACCAGCUCAGAAUCCGAAACCAAAGGUUGGAGGACAAGCAAUUAAACAGAUACCGUCGAAUGAGGAAAGGGCCAGAAUACUAUAUGAACGAAGACGACAGAAAAGCAAACGAAAGAAAAAACGGAACGAUUAGGCUGUUCUAAAAUUGCCUAAGUUAGAUAGAAAGUGAUCUUAGAUAUUUGAUAAAAGUGCUGUCAAUUUGUUGUGAGACUUUGGCAUGAUAUUUCUAAUGUAUCAUUCAAGCAUAUUUAGGUUGUGUCACAAAAUGAUUGUAAAAAAGGAAUAUCGAUCAGAUAUAAAACAUCCAUUUAGGCAGUUCCUGCAACACACUUUGUAUAGUGUUUGUACAUACGCAAAUUGCUUCGUCAAUCAUGUAUUCGUAGGACGUUAAUAUAAUUUGUUUUCGAUGUAAUUAAUGUUCAUUGUAACUUAAACAAUCAUUUUCCAAUUUCCAUCGUUGUUGACCAAUUUGUACACGUAUUAUUUCCUGGAGAUGCAUUGCAGUUACAAGACUUCAGUAAUAUUAUAAAUAUAAGGAUUGAUUCUUAUGUGUCGUGUGUUCAGGCUGUAUGAACGCUUUGUCCGAGAUUUUGCAAAGCCAGGUAGCGCGCUACUGCAUGAACGCAUGAAAUAUGCAAAAAAUAGAACAAUCCAUUUAUUUACAUUUUUUCAAUUUUCAAUAACUUUAUCACGAAAGGUCGACCGGUUCAUGCAAAAUGAAUGCAAAUCUUGCCGUACAGACAAUCAAGUGAAAUUGUAAAUAUUUGGUAUUAUAAUUACUAUCGGUGGUUAUAAAAUAUUUACUUUUGAUUUUUGUUUAGGAGCUUUAUCAUUGAAGCUUUUAUUGCAUUAUUGUGUAACAUAGCAACUGACGUAUAUCUUUGUUAAGAAUUUUUGAAGAAUAACUGUUUUAUUGUUUUAUUUGUUUUGGAUUUGUUAUUUUUUAUUUGUUAUCACUUCACUUCAUUCAUCACGGUUUAUACAGUUGAUUGUUCUUGUUUUGAAAUUAACGAUGUUGUAUUUGAAUGUUGCCAUACAUGUUAUAUUCUAAAUAUUAUGAUAUGAUAUGAUAUAUAUUGACCCGAUCGUUCAAAAAUCCUCAUAUAUUACUUACGUUUACGUUUACGUUUUAUCCGUCAACACGUUUACUUAUCAACACCGGUGUCAACGAACAACGUUGAUCUUACCUUUCAUUCGAAUCCCUUUUGUUUUAAUAAUUAACAAGCGUUGAUGUAACGCUUACGUGUUACGUGUUAACUUUAACAAGCGUUAAUAUACUUUCCUGCAAAUAAUCAAUAUACCAUUCUAUCGUUUUCUUAAAAGUAUAUACAUUUUUACGUUCAUAUCUAAAUUAACGACUAUAUGAAUGCUGAAUGCUUGAGUGCUUAGUUAAAAAGACAUAUGUGUUUGAGCGUAAAACCUUGCUCUAAAUUUGACACGUUACGUUUAACGCUGAAUAUGAACGAACACAGGAGUUUUGAACAAUCGAGUCAUACUAUUAUUGAAUUAUUUUAAUUGUGAUGAUGAAUCUAUCAGAUAAUGCGCUGUUUUGUUUUAUCAUCUGUUUGCUUUAUAUAUUUACAUAAACAUUGAUUAAAUUUAAAUACUUGAAGAAGUGAAUUUGCGUUUAUAAACACUGAUAACUGA